GGGCUGGCCGUCUGCUUGGCGCUCACCACCAUGUGCACCAGCUUGUUGCUCAUGUACGGUGGCAUCGGCGGCGGCGGCGGCGGGGGCCACCCGGAGCCACGGCGGCGGCAGCAGCAGCAGCAGCAGGUGGCGGCGGAGCCCAGCCGCCCGCCGGGACGCGGCCAGCACCGCCCGGCGCUCCCCGUCGGGGCCGGUCUCCUGGAGGGCUACAUCAGCGUCCUGGAGCACAAGCCUUUAAAGAUGCACUGCAAGAGUUGUGCGUUGGUAACCAGCUCCGGACACCUUCUGGGGAGCAAACAAGGUGACAGAAUCGACGAGACAGAGUGCGUAAUACGAAUGAACGAUGCACCUACUCGAGGUUAUGGAAAAGAUGUUGGAAACAAAACGAGCCUUCGAGUCAUUGCACACUCCAGCAUUCAGAGGAUUUUGCGAAAUCGCAAUGAACUCUUAAAUAUGAGCCAUGGUGCUGUGUUUAUCUUCUGGGGUCCUAGCAGCUACAUGAGGAGAGAUGGUAAAGGCUUGGUGUAUAAUAACCUGCAGCUGAUGAAUCAGAUAUUGCCUCAAUUAAAAGCAUAUAUGAUUUCUCGCCACAAGAUGCUUCAAUUUGAUGACCUUUUUAAACGGGAAACUGGGAAAGACAGGAAGAUAUCCAACACUUGGCUUAGCACGGGCUGGUUCACAAUGACUAUCGCAUUAGAGCUCUGUGACAGGAUAAAUGUUUAUGGCAUGGUGCCACCGGAUUUCUGCAGGGAUCCUAAUCAUCUUUCAGUACCUUAUCAUUAUUACGAACCUUUGGGACCUGACGAAUGCACAAUGUACAUCUCCCACGAGCGGGGCCGGAAGGGCAGCCACCACCGCUUCAUCACAGAGAAACGAGUCUUUGAGAACUGGGCACGGACAUUCAAUAUUCACUUUUUCCAACCAGACUGGAAACCAGAACCGCUCACUGUAAAGCACCCUGAGGUUAAACCGGUGGUCUGAGGGACGAAUGUGCAGGACUGCAAUCACAGUCACCCACUGCGUCAGCCUUCAGGGUGUUGGACCUUCUGGGAGAGCAGGGCAGCCUAGAGGAGAAGGGUAAAACAGGAUUUAGCAGCGGUAACUGCAAGAGCAGUCAGGAACAUACGCCGAAGGAGCAGAGCGUAUGGAGAGCACUGCCUGUCAGACUGCGCAUUAACCCAGUAUAUAGCCUUUUUUUGGCCAUCUGACUUCCUGUGUGUGUAUGUGAUUUGUGAAAAACAACUUGAGUAUCAUUAACGGAUGGUUAAUUCAUUAUGGUUUUUUAAAGUACAAUGCCACUGAAUUUUCAUAGUGAAAACUUACGCUAUUUAUUUAAUGGAGGUUUUUUAUGCAACCUAGGCCAGUAUUUUUCUAAUUCACAGUUACGUGGUUGUCUAUCUUUCAAAUCCAAAAUUAAUAUUGCUGAUGGUUUGAAAGGCCUAGCUUUUUAUUUAUAAAAGUUGUUUGAAAGAUGUGAUUCUAUAUAGCAUGUUAAUUAAUAUUUGAUCUGGAAAUGUUGCAUUUCUUUUAAAAAUCUUGGGCUCUGUUCCAGCCUAAAGCCUUUAACAGCAAGAACGGUCCCAUGUGCAGAUCUAGCUAACUUUACAUUCUGACAUCUCAUGUUAAUAUGAAAACAGUAGUGAAAAUUCUGUUUGAUAUUAAUGUGCAUUUGCUGCUGUGCUAUCAAGCUGCUGUUUUUUAAUUAGGGGUGGGAGGAAGGAGGGCAAAGUUUAUCCAAAAAAAUCACUGUCUCCAGCAGCGUGCUUUUCAGCAAAGAGACCAGGCUGAGGCUGGAUGGGCUUGUGUUCUCUUUUCCCUCUUGUAGUCCUGCAAGAGGCUGGGGAGAUGCUCUCCUGAGGCACCAGAUUACAAACCAGGCAACAACAGCUUGAAACAACAUGACCAAAUUUCUGAAAUGAAGAAGUUACCCUACCAGGUACUACACCACCAGCCAUACUGGCCAAAACGAUUAUUGCACUGCACCUGCAAAAAUCUCUGCCUUCCACUGUUCCAAGAUCAUUGCUGAUCUCCGAGAUCCUGGAUCGCACUGAAGCUGGGAUUUAAAAAGAGCUGCACAUAUGUAGAAUUGUCCCCUUGAAGAGAGCAAAGUUACACUUGGCAGUUUUUUCAUGAAGGGCACGUGCGUGGUGAGUCCCUGCAAACCAGGGGGAUGGACAAUGCUAGUGCUGUGUGUGGAACCUCACAGUGGGAAUUACUGGGUUACAUUUGGCUUGUGAAUAAAGAAGAUUUCAGUUACGGUA